AUGUCUGCCUCGCCCCCACAACCGACUCAGUCGGCUAAGCGCCCUCUCGAGGAGCCUUCCUCGCCCUCGCGAGCGACUGACCAGCCGGAGGCCAAGCGACCCGCCUUGGACAAAGAUGCCAAGCAUGACGAAGAGACGGAGAGGCUCGAGCUUCCCACCGAAGUGCCUGCUGAGGCUGCAGAGCAGAAUGGCGAAGAGGAAAAUGCCAAUGGCGUCGCGGCCACAGAGUCGUCUGAUAACACCCUAGCCGAAGCUGGCACCAGCGUCAAGGCCACUCCUACUGUCCCAAUCUCAACAGCGUCCUCGUCUGCCGUGGCCGCUUCGGCCGCUGCUCACGAUGAGAGCUCAUGGAUCCACAUCAGGGCUGUCAUCUCCAGCCCGGAGGCUGCCACCAUCAUCGGCAAAGGCGGUGAAAACGUAUCAAACAUUCGAAAAAUGUCCAAUGCCAAGUGCACAGUCAGCGACUAUCAGAAGGGAGCUGUCGAGCGAAUCCUGACCGUCAGUGGCAUCGUUGAUGCAGUUGCCAAGGCCUUUGGUUUGAUUAUCCGAACACUGAACAACGAACCGCUCUCCGAGGCAUCCACCGCCUCUUCCAAGACAUACCCCCUUCGUCUCCUGAUUCCUCACAUCCUCAUUGGUUCCAUCAUUGGCAAAGGCGGUUCUCGGAUCCGAGAGAUCCAAGAGGCGUCCGGCGCUCGACUGAAUGCCUCAGAUUCGUGUCUCCCCAUGUCAAGCGAGCGCUCCCUUGUUGUGAUGGGCGUCGCCGAUGCCGUUCACAUUGCCACUUACUAUGUCGGUAGCACUCUGCUUGAGCAGCUCAACGAACGAUUUGGCGGACCCGGGGCCUCAGCAUAUGCCACCAGGAGUGGUGCACCCGUUGGCUCCAUCCCCGGAGGCAUGCAGGUGGUUCCCUACAGCCCACAGCCGGCAUCCGGACACUAUGGACGUGCAGAGAAUUACGGCCGACACCAGGAGCGUCGACCCCAUCACAUGCCACCUGCCCCAUACCCCCAGCCAUACGCCCACGGCGCCCCUCACGGUGCUCCGGCGAUUCCCAUGCAGUACGGAGCUGGUCAGCCUGCCGCAUAUGGAGCAGCUGCUCCUCACGUUCAGCCGCACAUGGCUCCCCAUACCGGCCCGCAAGCACACGGCGCUCCCCAAGGCCAGCCCAUGCAUGCCGGCAUGCCAGGAGGCCCCAUCACGCAGCAAAUCUACAUUCCCAACGACAUGGUCGGCGCCAUCAUUGGCAAGGGAGGACAGAAGAUCAAUGAGAUACGGCAAAUGAGCGGCAGCGUCAUUAAGAUUAACGAGCCCCAGGACAACAGCAACGAGCGGCUCGUGACGAUUACAGGAACGGAAGAGUGCAACCGCAUGGCUCUUUACAUGCUGUACUCUCGACUUGGUGAGACGCAAAACCGAUCCACGGGAGCCUAA